CACCAUUCUUUUCUACUCAACUUACCUUUCACUAGUGGUAUCUGUAACGAAAUUUUUAUUUAUACUUCUCAACCAUCCUCAUAUAUUUCAUCACCAUAGGCCAGGUCUUACGAUGCAUUUACAAGUAGUUAUUAAAAAUGUACCCAAGUGACACACAAUACAUGCUCCAACAGAAGAGGAAGUAUCUGUCAGGUGUGCUUUCCAUUGUUCAGCGUGAUCCCGGACUCGCAUACGCCGCGUUUGCACUUUCCACCAGUGUUUUCAAAUUAGAGUGUCACUUUCAUGACAGCUAGUUUCCUGCUUUUACUCCCACUGGCUGAGAACUGAAUCUGCACUGUAGCCUUAGAGUAACUCGCCCCAAACCACAGAGCUUUCCUCUUCACCACUAGGUGAUAGGCUGACCGGACAAGAGCCGUUGUCCACAUAUUGGCCAGUCAGUGAACAUAGUUCAAUCGCCGCUACUUGCUUCUAAUUGCUGUCUCAGGGCACUAGUGUCACACCUUGCCCGCCAGCCAAAUCCGGAGUCACCAUGCGGUUUUGGGUGGAUUGGGCACUGUGGCAGAAGCUUAGUUUCGUGCUCGCGGGCCUUCUCGUUCUCGUGCUUAUUUAUUCGCUCUGUGCCCUUUUAUACAACAGACGGGCCACCAGGAAUCAUGCCGCUGAAGACGCACAUCGGAAGACAAGACAGGAUGCGGAGCAACAUCCGAUGCUGUCAGAAACAAAUGAGGUGCCAUUCGGUGCUAGAGCUUUAGAGCAAGGCGUUCUUGUGGAAGGCAUCUGGACACCAGGCCAGGAGUCUCCGAUGGAAUCUAAUACACCAACUAGGCACGAAAGCGCUGGACCAGCCCUGACGCAGCUGCCCGCGAGCCCAACAAGUAUGGUACAGAGGCCUUCUCAAACAUACAUACCGGUGUCUCUAUCAAGUCAGUCCGGUCCAAGAUGGGCUCCAGCAGUUUCCGAUAUUAGGGCCGAAUCAUCGGAUAGUCUUUACCCCGACACUCUGCAUGCAAACAAAGCUCGUCAAUCAGAUCUUCAACCAAUCGGUAAGUCCCAUGAUGUAGCCGACUCGGAUGUUGCCCGAUCAAAGCCGCGACUCAGCUCUCGUAGCUCAUGGAUCAGCAAGCCUUUUGACAAGAGAAUGCCAAGCCUUGAAGGUAAGUCCACGACUUCAUCCUAGUUUGCGAGAGUAGACUGUACAGGAGAUUUGUGGCAAUAGGAUGCCGAAACUGACGAGCUUCCAUAGGAGCUCAUCUGCGAACCUCUUCCGAAGAGUUUAGGCGCAGGAUUAGCAGAUUGUUCGACGAAAAUGUCCAUGCACAUCCGAUCGAAAUGUUUCAGUUACAAUCUGAUUCUUCAGAGUCCGUUGAUGGUCGUCAAAAGGAACUCAUCCCAGAUCCAUCGAUGUAUAGGCCAAACCAUGCAAUCCUUUGAUUGAAUAGUUCCAUUGUUUACUUUCCCGAAAAAAGGGGAUUAUAUGCUAUUAUCAGUUGGUCAUGUAACGUACCCCAGAGCGGGAAUUGUCAGCCUUGAAGGUCUUCAUUCUUUCCUGUUGGAUACAGUCAUCUGUCACGUCUGCCUUGCCUCAAUUGCGCUAUAGUAAGCUCUGCGACGCAUAAUGAUCGUUCCACUGUGAGGAUGAAAGUAGAAAUUAUCUUAGGCGAUACAACUGUACUGUUAACGUGGAAAAAUGUUCGGUGUAUCGGUUGAUAACCGUCAAGAGACUUUUCGGACUCAAUGAAACAGGACGUAAUGAAACAAGCUCAUGACCUGCACAUUAAUGCCC